CCCCGCCGCCCGCCGCAGGCGGAAAAGUUUCUCUGCAGACGGUUGAGCUCUCGGUCGCCGCUCGGGCUGUUUGCACCGCGACUGGCCGUCCUUCGCUGCUGGUCUCCCGCUGCGCGCGGGCAUGCGAGGCCUUGGGUGCCGACCCUGAGCUGCGAGGAGCACGAGGCGGCGAUCGGGGUGUCCAGCCCGGUCAGGGAGUCGGUGCUCGUCGGGGAGUGGGGGUAGGAGUUGGCACGAGGCUACGGAGCUCCGGGCCGACCGGAGGCGGCGGAGUGCGCGACGAUGGGUGCUCCCAGGCUCCGAGCGGCCGCGGCGGCGCUGGGACUGCUGCUUUGCGCCGGGCUGGGACGCGCGGGCCCUGCGGGGAGCGGAGGCCACAGAGAGCCGGGGCGGCCCUCGGAAGAUGCUGCUGGGCGUCCGUGCCCAGCCGUCUGCCACUGCCUCGGGGACCUGCUAGACUGCAGCCGCCGGCGGCUGGUUCGCCUUCCUGAUCCUCUCCCUGCCUGGGUCGUCCGGCUGGAUCUGAGUCACAACAGAUUAUCUUCUAUCCAGACAAGUUCCCUGAGCCACCUCCAAAACCUCCGAGAAGUGAAGCUGAAUAACAAUGAACUGGAGACCAUUCCAAGCCUGGGACCAGUCUCAGCAAAUAUUAGACAGCUCUCCUUGGCUGGGAACAGCAUUGACGAAAUCCUCCCUGAGCAGCUGGAGCCUUUUCAGGCCCUCGAGACCUUGGACCUGAGCAACAACAAUAUUUCAGAACUGAGAGCUGCGUUUCCACCCUUACAACUCAAGUAUCUGUAUAUCAAUAGCAACCGAGUGAUAUCCAUGGAACCGGGGUAUUUUGACAAUUUGGCGAGCACGCUCCUGGUGCUGAAGCUGAACAGGAAUCGAAUAACAACUAUCCCCCCCAAGAUGUUUAAACUGCCCCAGCUCCACCACCUUGAGCUGAGCCGAAACAAGAUUAAGAACGUGGACGGACUCACAUUCCAAGGGCUGGGGGCACUGAAGUCUCUGAAGAUGCAAAGAAACGGGGUCACAAAGCUCAUGGAUGGAGCUUUCUGGGGGCUGAGCAACAUGGAAAUCCUGCAGCUAGACCAUAACAACCUCACGGAGAUCACCAAAGGCUGGCUCUAUGGCUUGCUGACGCUGCGGGAGCUUCAUCUGAGCCAGAAUGCCAUCAGCAGGAUCAGCGCAGAUGCCUGGGAGUUCUGCCAGAAGCUCAGCGAGCUGGACCUAACUUCCAACCACUUAUCGAGGCUAGACGACUCCAGUUUCCUUGGCCUAAGCCUCCUAAAUACCCUUCACAUUGGGAACAACAAAGUCAGCUACAUUGCUGAUUGUGCCUUCCGGGGACUUUCCAGUUUAAAGACUUUGGACCUGAAGAAUAAUGAGAUUUCAUGGACCAUUGAAGACAUGAAUGGAGCCUUCUCUGGGCUGGACAAACUGAGGCAGCUAAUGCUCCAGGGAAACCGCAUUCGAUCAAUUACCAAGAAGGCUUUCACUGGUUUGGACGCGCUGGAACAUCUGGACCUGAGUGACAACGCCAUCAUGUCUCUGCAAAGCAACGCGUUUUCCCAAAUGAAGAAGCUUCAGCAACUGCAUUUAAAUACAUCCAGCCUUCUGUGUGAUUGCCAGCUAAAAUGGCUCCCGCCGUGGGUGGUGGAGAAUAACUUUCAGAGCUUCAUAAAUGCCAGUUGUGCCCACCCCCAGCUGCUAAAGGGGAGAAGCAUUUUUACCGUCAGCCCCGACGGCUUUGUGUGUGAUGAUUUCCCCAAACCCCAGAUCACGGUUCAACCAGAAACGCAGUCAGCAAUAAAAGGCUCCAACGUGAGUUUUACCUGCUCAGCUGCCAGCAGCAGUGACUCCCCGAUGACUUUCGCUUGGAAAAAAGACAACGAACUGCUGCAGGAUGCUGAAAUGGAGAACUAUGCACACCUCCGGGCCCAGGGAGGCGAGGUGAUGGAGUACACCACCAUCCUGAGGCUGCACAGUGUGGCCUUCGCCAGUGAGGGGAAGUACCAGUGCAUCAUCUCCAACCACUUCGGGUCAUCAUACUCCGUCAAAGCCAAGCUCACCGUAAACAUGUUGCCUUCCUUCACCAAGACCCCCAUGGACCUCACCAUCCGCGCCGGGGCCAUGGCCCGCCUGGAGUGUGCUGCUGUGGGACACCCGGCCCCACAGAUAGCCUGGCAGAAGGAUGGAGGCACAGACUUCCCCGCUGCCCGGGAGAGGCGAAUGCACGUGAUGCCUGAGGACGAAGUCUUCUUCAUAGUGGAUGUGAAGAUCGAGGACAUUGGCGUGUACAGCUGCACGGCUCAGAACAGCGCUGGCAGCGUUUCUGCAAACGCCACCCUGACGGUGCUAGAGACUCCAUCAUUUCUGCGGCCUCUGUUAGACAGAACUGUCACCAAGGGAGAAACGGCGGUCCUACAGUGCAUCGCUGGUGGGAGUCCACCCCCCAGGCUGAACUGGACGAAAGAUGACAGCCCGUUGGUGGUGACCGAGAGGCACUUUUUUGCAGCAGGCAAUCAGCUGCUGAUUAUUGUGGACUCGGACGUCAGCGACGCCGGGAAGUACACGUGUGAAAUGUCCAACACCCUCGGCACCGAGAGAGGCAACAUGCGCCUCAGCGUGAUUCCCACUCCCACCUGCGACUCCCCGCACAUGACCGCCCCGUCCUUAGACGAUGACGGCUGGGCCACCGUGGGCGUCGUGAUCAUAGCCGUGGUUUGCUGUGUGGUGGGCACGUCCCUCGUGUGGGUGGUCAUCAUCUACCACACGAGGCGGAGGAACGAAGACUGCAGCAUUACUAACACAGAUGAGACCAACUUGCCGGCCGAUAUCCCUAGUUAUCUGUCCUCUCAGGGAACGUUAGCUGACAGACAGGAUGGAUACAUCUCCUCGGAAAACGGAAGUCACCACCAGUUCCUUACUUCUUCGGGCGGGUUUUUCUUACCGCAACACGACAGUGCUGGGACAUGCCAUAUUGACAACAGCAGUGAAGCCGAGGUGGACGCUGCCCCUGACCCAUUUCUUUGCCCUUUUGUGGGCUCCACAGGCCCUGUAUACUUGAAGGGGAAUGUAUACGGCCAAGAUCCAUUUGAAGUUUAUUUUCCAGGAUGCAGUUCUGACCCGAGGGUAGCUCUAAUGGACCACUAUGAGACCAGCUACAUGAAGAAGGACUGCUUCCCAUGCACUCAUCCCUCAGAGGAGCCCUGUGAACGGAACCUCAGUAGCAUCCCGUGGCCACACUCACGAAAGCCAGUGACCUUCAUGUACACUCAGAACGAGGGACCCACACUUCAGCCUCUGUGUUUAAACAAGUCCUCUCUGGAUUUUAGUACAAGUCAGGAACCAGGAUCAGUUACUUCAAGUAAUUCUUUCAUGGGAACCUUUGGAAAGCCUCUGAGGAGACCUCACCUGGACGCCUUUUCGAGCUUUGGGAAGCCGCCAGACUGUCAGCCGAGGCCUUUUCACGUGACAGAGCUGUCCUCUGCAGAGUUGGACUCUGAGUCAGAGGAAGAUGCAAAAGAAAGGACCGAGUUUCGGGAGGAUAAUCACAGGGGUACCGAUCAACAGACAUUAGAUUCGUACAGGACUCCAGACUGCCAGCCUUGUGACUUGGGCACAUAGACCGGGAGGACCAAAGAAAAGCUUCCACAUGCUACCUCAUCUGGGCUCCUAUUUAAAAGAGACAGAAUCCAAUGUUUCUAAAUGGACUCACAAAGUUUAAAAAGGAAAAAAAAAAAAAAAGCUUUAUUUAUACAGAGGAACCAAAAUUACAAAAAGUUAUAAAAAUUUAUACCGGGAAUAACUUUCAUAUAAAAAUGCAUUUUAAAAAGUAUUUUAUAACUUUGUUUUAUAUGAAAAAUAUCCUAUGUAAAUUAAUGGUAUAAGUCCAUUUUAUGUAUUUUUAUAAAGCCAGAUUUCUUUUUAUUGAGGAUGAGUACUAAAGCCUUUUUAAAUAAUCCCAUCUUACACCUUUUUUUGAAUAGAGGCCACUUUAUUCUAUUUUGCACAUUGCAUUUAAUAAAAUGUGUCGUUUGGUGCCAAGCCCCAUUUAUACAAUAAGAGAUUUUAUUGUUUUCAAUGCAUUUUAGACCUAUUUCAUUUGUAUUAUCACAUCUCAAAUGAAUUGACGUUAUAUUUAGCAUAUUAAAAGUACAGCCAAAGGGCCCAUUCAGACCACCCCACCCCCUGGAUGGUUAACAAACUGUCGUCACGUGGGUCACAGCCAAGUGCACUCCGGCAGGCAGUCAUCAGAAGGUGUUCCUAGCCUCGCAAACAGAAGGAGAUCUGAUGCUGCCAACUGGUCCCAGCUGCGGCUCGAAUGACCCCAUAAUCCAUAUUUCCUUAAUGAAGCCAAUGCCUUUGUGGCCCGGUACCUACUGUCUGCCACGGGAGUUUCCCGUCCACCAUGGCUUGAGUUAGAACUAGAAGGUUCUGGAUCGCAUGUCUCUGCUGUGGAAAAAAGCCAUGGCGAAGGUGGUUUUCCAUCCACAGUGGCUGUGGGAUGCCACCCCAGUCUCCGCUGCCUUACUAAUCUUCACUGGUUGUGGUUGGUGUACACACAGUGGCUGGUUCGACCGUGCACCGUGCCUCUAAAGUAUUUUGAAGCAAAUUUUUUUAAGGAACGUAUUUUACUAACUUUGUCAUCCCUUCUGUUUGUUUUAAACAGUAUUAAGGGAGGAUGCUGCAUGUCAGGCUCAUGCAUGUAUAAAUGCAUGGGAAUUUUCAACACUGUGUACCCUGGCUCCAAGCAAUAGAGUAGAUAAACCUACUACACUUGAGGGCUCUGAUGAUAAAACUUGACAUUCGUUCUUAGAAAACUCUUAUUUAUGUGCCAUUUAAAGAAAACACUCUGGCCCAUGAUGAAUUGCCAUGACAAGAGUUAGUAUGCUUACUAAAUUUAAAAAAUAGACAAUUGAAGGUGUGGGAUUCCGUCAUUUCCAGUUUUGUAAAGUAAACUAAACAGUGCUAGAGAAAGGGGAAUCUUCUGUGAGGACGUACGUGGUAGAGGUAAGGUUUCCCUGCUCUGUGUCCUUCUCUAUUGAGAACCAGGGUCCCAAGCCUAAACCACGGCAAGCUUUCUUCUUAGACCUUAGAAUCUAAGACAAGAAGUGUGUGCCUCCAUGGACAGCCAGCAACUAGAAGUGAUUUCCCUUACUCUGGCUUUAUUAAACUGUCAGAUUUUCAAAAUCUUAUUGUGGAUUUGUCUACAUUGUUACCUGAAGUCCAAAUGUAGACUUCUUAAUUAUGAAUUUCUUUUGAAGGAGUUGUUUUUUUUUUUCCAAAUUUUGGCACAGAAGUUUAAGUUAACACCUUAAACUGAAAUACUGGGUUACCAAAUGGAUCAGCAGUGAAGAACCCUUGCUGAUUUCACAGAGGGCCUGGGUUCAGUUCCCAGCACUCUCAGGGUGGUUCACAACUAUCUGUCACUUAGUGCCAAGGGGCGGGUCUGAUGCCUUGUGCUGCUACAAGCAGCAGACAUACACAUGGUGCCCAGACAUACCUGUAGACAAACUCUCACAUAACGUAAGAAGAAAUCUUUCUAAACAGGAGGAAAAAACUGGCUUUCUCAGCAUAAUUUCACUGUGCUUUGGCCAAACUUGUGGAUCAAAUAUAAAUCUUACCUGACUAGAAAAGAGAAACUCAGCUCCUCGGACAUCAGCAAGAAAAGAGUAUACACCGUAUUGAUACUUCAUAGUGAAUGACCAAAUAUGCAGACAUUAGAUUCUAAAAUAACAUAAAGGCAAGGACAAAUGUGAGAUCCCUUGGUCUGCUCAUUUUAUUUUUGUGAUGGUGGGGAUCGAACCCAGGGCCUCAAUUAAGUGCUUUAUUCACUAAGCUAUACCUCCAACCUAAGAUGUGGUUUGUUUCUGAGUAGAAUUCUUCAACUUUCAGCAGAGCUUUCUUGUUUUCUGGUAGGUCACACCUCGUACAAACAUAUCUUAAUAGAUGGUUGUAGAACUUUAUCUUUCUUCAUCCCACUGUUAAUGCUAAAGAUAUUUAUUCUGUGUAAUCUUGACCUCUUUAAGGUCUUGGAGUAGCCCUUAGCUUAAUAAGCAUCCACAAUUACCUGUAUGGAUUUCGUUGUCUCCCUACAGAAGAAAAGCACAAAUUAUUUCUCAGAGCAGGGCUAGUCAGAACCUUUGGAAUACUCUGUACUGUCUCAGGAAUGUGAGAGAAAUAACUUGAAGCCAGCGUGACAACAGAUGUUCGGUGCUGCGAGGUUUCUGAAGACUGAGACCUGAAUAUCGUUGUAGAAUGUUCUGUCUAUCUUCCCUGUUCUCAGGACCAUGUGCAAUAGGAUCAUUUGGAGCUUGCAUUUUUAAAGGCAGUAUUCUGUUAGCGCAUUGAAUAACAGUACCCUGUCCCUCCAAACAAAAUCAGUCUUCAACAAGGUACCAUUCCUUCAUGAGUUGCUCCAGAAAUGAUUGUUUACCAGAACUCUUUCUUAAGGCAUGUAUUAACCUGUGUGACACAAGAGUACGGUAAUAGGCCCUGAGAGAUUUCAAAUGGGACCGAAAAGCGGUUGGUCCAGUCUUAUAAUAGACUCGCCAGAGGGUCUGUACGCAUGCAUUUACAGAAUUAGCCCAAUAAAUGGAGUCACUUCUCUAUUUUUUUAAGAAAUUUGAUAUUGGAUAGAGUGUUUUUUGACAAAAAUUGUUUUAUUUUUUAAUAGUUUAUCUUGAUAAUUUUUUGGUCAAAUCUAUCCUUACUGUAAAAUUUCAAGUUCUCUUUCUUUCCUGCUCACUUCAUUUAAUACCAAGGAUCUCAGUACUUGAUUUUAAAUUCCAUAUCAUGUGUUAGCUAUCCUUGAUGAAUGAAGAGAAAGUUUAACCGAUACUCAUGCAGCUUUUUAAUACAUUUACAUUGUCAAAUGUUCUUAAGAAUGGAAGUUAUUCACAGCUGUUAAAAGUUAAUGCUUA